CUUCCUUCCUCAAAUACUUAAACCCCAUUCCUUUCUCUUUCUCUGAAACAACCCAGAAUUAUGAAAUCCUCACUUCUCCUCCUUCUCUCUUUUCUAAUCUUAUCAUACAUUUCCCUUGCAGCUGCAUAUGAUCCCUUGGAUCCAAAUGGUAACAUCACUAUCAAAUGGGAUAUUACCUCUUGGACUGCAGACGGUUACGUGGCCGUGGUCACAAUGAACAAUUUCCAAAUGUAUCGUCACAUAAUGAGCCCUGGAUGGACUCUAGGAUGGACAUGGGCUAAGAAGGAAGUUAUAUGGUCCUCAAGUGGAGCUCAAUCAACUGAACAAGGUGAUUGUUCCAAAUUCAAAGGCAACAUACCUCACUGUUGUAAGAAGACACCUACAAUCGUAGACCUACUUCCUGGGGUACCCUACAACCAGCAGUUCCAAAACUGUUGUAAAGGUGGUGUCGUCUCUUCUUGGGGUCAAGAUCCUUCCUCCUCUGUUUCCCAGUUUCAACUCAGCGUUGGUCUAGCCGGAACCACGAAUAAAACCGUCAAACUCCCAAAGAACUUCACCCUUUUGGGCCCUGGCCCCGGCUACACAUGUGGUCCUGCCAAGAUAGUCCCUUCCACCGUUUUCCUAACCCCUGAUCGUCGUAGAAAAACUCAGGCCUUGAUGACCUGGAAUGUUACUUGCACUUACUCUCAAUUCCUAGCCAGCAAGCAUCCGAGCUGUUGCGUGUCGUUUUCUUCAUUCUACAACGAAACCAUCACUCCUUGCCCGAGUUGCGCUUGUGGAUGCGAAAACAAGAACAAAUGUGUCCAGAGCGAUUCAAAACUGCUAAGCGUGGUCGGUUUGAACACACCGAGAAAGGAUAACACACCGCUCCUACAAUGCACCCAUCACAUGUGCCCGAUACGAAUCCAUUGGCAUGUAAAACUCAAUUACAAAGAAUAUUGGCGGGUAAAGAUGGCCAUAACUAACUUUAACUACCGUCUGAAUUAUACACUCUGGACUCUCGUCGUUCAACACCCGAAUCUUAACAAUGUAACCCAAGUUUUCAGUUUCGAUUACAAGCCCCUUGUCCCGUACCAAUCCUUCAAUGACACAGGAAUGUUUUACGGGAUGAAGUUCUACAAUGACAUGUUAAUGGAGGCAGGUCCGUUUGGGAAUCUGCAAUCGGAAGUGCUUAUGCAGAAGGACAAGGAUACUUUCACGUUUAAACAGGGCUGGGCCUUUCCUCGAAAGGUCUACUUUAAUGGCGACGAGUGUAUGCUUCCUCCGCCUGAUUCGUACCCGUUUUUACCCAACUCUGCUCAUAGAAGAAGUCCCCUGUUUCUGAUUAUUGUAUUUGUCUUCUUGAUCAUCAAUUAAUUUCUGGUGAUAAUUUUGAUUGAAUCAAUAUAAAUACUCAAUUUUUUUCCCUCACACCCAAAUCAUGUCUAGCAAAACAAAUAUUUCUUCUAAUAAAAUUUAAUUAUUUUA